AUGGAGAAGUUUUCAAACUGGAGAGACAAGGGAACUGGCAUUUCUCCUUUUAUGCCAGUGGAUAAUCCACAGCCACCAAUCAAGAAAUUUCUCGUAAACCCCUUUGUUGUGGCUUUCAAGAUACCUGCUUUAUACAUUUUGUAUGCGUUUACGUUGAUCGCACCAAAACCCGUCUUUCUGAUCAUUCUAAAGCAUAUUUUCGGUGUUUCAGACAUUGACCUACUGGUGGAAGGCGUGAGGAAGGCAAAAACAGCUGAAAUUGACCGUAAGAGGCCUGGCCUUAAUCACUUGGUGGUUGCAAACUAUGUGUCGCCCAUCGACGUUUUGAUCUUGUAUGUGAUUUCUGCAGUCAAGUCGAUUAAUUCCGUUGUUGUGGUGAUUCCAAGAGGAACUAAAUUGUAUGCAUUGAACUUCUGGCAGUUUUCACAGGUGCCUUUCUUGGAACCCCACGCUCCAUUGCCUGGAGAAGUGCUCCAAGAUUAUGUUUCGCUCAAGGAUAAGUUUGUCAUUUUAUUCCCCGAGGAAACGCCUUCCAAUAACAAGGCAGUGCUUCCUUUCAACAAAACCAUUGACCCAGCAUUGCUCCAAUUGCCUGGUUUCUCGUUCCUGACCAUUGUGCUCAGAGUGUACCCUAACCUCAUUACAUUGCCAGUGCCUAACGUAACACGCUUCCAGUAUGUGUGUAAGUUGCUCACAGUUGGUAAAGUGUUUGUCAAGGCAAAGAUCGUGCCACAUGUUGAACUGACCAAAUUCUCGUUGAAGGCUGCAAGAGAGGUCUUCCCCGACAACGGAUUAUCGUUGGUUGGUGACGAAUUGAACUUGGCGGAGAAGACAAAGUUCUUUUCAUAUUAUAAGGGCUAUGCCUUGUCACAAGUGACCAAAAACCAGUAA